ACCGUCCAUGUCUGAUAGAAACCGUUGAAGACACACUGGCCUCUGCGGAGCGCCUGAUGCCGCGGGGAUUCCGCCUCUUUCUCCGCUUACAACAUGGAUUUCAACGUGAGGAAACUCGCUACAGAUGCUGGGAUAUUCUUUUCACGAGCCGUUCAGUUUACAGAGGAGAAACUGGGACAGGCUGAGAAGACCGAGCUGGACACUCACUUUGAGAAUCUGCUGUCCAGAGCUGACUGCACCAAAAACUGGACCGAGAAAAUCUACAGACAGACUGAGGUUGUGCUUCAGCCAAACCCUGGUGCUCGCAUCGAAGAGUUCCUGUAUGAAAAGCUUGACCGGAAGGUUCCACCGCGGCCCACUAAUGGAGAGAUCUUAGGCCAGUUCAUGCUGGAGGCAGCGAAGGAGUUUGGACCAGGAACCCCGUACGGAAGCACCCUAAUCAAAGUGGGCGACUGUCAGAGGAGACUGGGUGGCGCUGAGAGAGAGUAUCUGCAGACCUCAUCCAUUAGCUUCCUCACACCCCUACGCAACUUUCUGGAGGGCGACUGGAGGACCAUUUCUAGAGAGCGGAGACUUCUAGAGAAUCGGCGCUUGGAUCUCGACUCCUGUAAAGCACGACUCAAGAAGGCCAAAGCAGCAGAGGCCAAAGCGGCUGCUGUUCCAGACUUUCAAGAGACAAGACCGCGUAAUUAUGUGCUGUCUGCCAGUGCAUCUGCACUCUGGAAUGAGGAGCUUGAUAAAGCGGAGCAUGAAUUGCGUGUUGCUCAGACAGAGUUUGACAGACAGGCUGAGGUCACCAGACUGCUCCUGGAGGGCAUCAGCAGCACGCACGUGAAUCACCUGCGCUGCCUGUGUGAGUUUGCGGAAGCGCAGGCGAUGUAUUACAGCCAGUGUCACAAGUACAUGCUGGAGCUGCAGAGAGAGCUGGGCAGUUGCAGUGGAGACAUAAGAUGCCCCGACUCUUUGGAUGUGAAUUCCCUCCCCGCCGGCAGCCCGACGGAUCCGUCUGCCUUCCUGCCACUCAGUUCUCCGUCUCCGCUGGAAACAGAUGCUCUGCAGAUUGAAGAAGUUCAGCCGCCCGCCAGCGGCACACGCAAGGCCAAAGUGCUGUAUGACUAUGACGCUGCAGACUCCAGUGAGCUCUCGCUGCGGGCAGAUGAGCUCAUCACCGUGUACACAGUGCCUGGAAUGGACUCUGAUUGGCUGAUUGGAGAGCGAGGAAACCUGAAGGGGAGGGUGCCUGUUACAUAUCUGGAGCUGUUGAGCUAAAGAGGCGUGACACGCACAUAUACGUACACACGCGCACAUAUGCAUAUAUACACACACACACACACACACACAUGCACACAGUUUCCAGCUUUAACACCCAGCUAUGAGCAAACGGAAUCAUGGACACUUAUGAGAUCAACCCAUGUGUACAUCUCUUUACUGAAAAUCAAACUAUUGUGUGUUUACAUGCAUGCCAAUGGGAUACUGAUUGACUGGGGCUUCAUUUUUCUCUUUGAUUUUAAUAUUUAAGAUGUUCAACUCUCUGCCAUUUUUAAAAUUAUUUUGGAAGAGUGAUAUCACUUGGUAAUAUUAAAAUCCAUCACUUUUUAAUACUAAACAUUAAACCCUUAUAAAUGAAUAAAUAAUGGGACUAGUCAGGAUUCUAAUUCAUAAAACAUCUCAUUUUUUGAAAUCAUUAAAUCACACAAAUACUCACCAGUGCAAAACAAAUCUCAGAAAUAAUAAUUCAUUCACAAAUGCCUGAAACGUCCACUCAUUGUGAGCACAUGUAUGUGUGUAUGUGCCUGUUUUCUGCACUAAAAUCUGUCCUGUGGUCAGUCAGAAUGACUUUCCUACCUUCAGUAUACAGUUAACAAUCUUGAUUCAGCUUGUCCUGAAAGCUGAUGACAGAUAUAAGCUCAAUAUUAAAUGUUCAAAGGUCAUUUAGCACUAACGUAUUUGCACUGUUUGGCAACUUUGUUUUAUAGCAGACCUCCAUAAGCCUGAAUUAAACACGGCCUUAACCGCAUCUCAUGCAGACAGAUGUAAUGUAAUGAGCUACAGCUAAUAAUGUCUACAGUAGCAUCACUAUUAAAAAUAUCCUGUGGAGUGACCAUGUGAUAGAGAUCAGAAUAUGAAUGUUGAUCUCCAGCCUUAAAGUCUUCAUAAAACUUGUUUUUCUUGCAUGUGGAACUUGACAGUGCAAUAAUACCUGCUCAUGCUCAGAAAAUGUACAGUUGCUCUGCUUUAAGUGCCACUUAAGUUAGAAAUAUUUUGAAAUCUCCUUUAAUUAGACAAAAUCGUAUGAAGUAUCUCCAUCUUAAGACCCAUUUUGGCAUGAUUUAGAGUUUUACAGUAACUAUUAUUGUUUAGAAAUGUGCUGUUGCCACAUUAAAUUGUUCUUUUAAAGGAAUAAUUCACCCAAAAAUGAAAAUUUGCACAUAAUUUCCUCACUCUCAGGCCAUCCAAUGUGAGUUUGUUUCUUCAUCAGAUUUGGAGAAAUUUAGCAUUCCAUCACUUGCUCACCAACACAUCCUCUGCAGUGAAUGGGUGCCAUCAGAAUGAGAGUUGAUAAAAACAUCACAAGUAAUCCACACCACUCCAGUCCAUCAGUUAACAUCUUGAGAAGCCAAAAGCUGCGUGUUUGUAAGAAACAAAUACAUUGACAUUUUUAACUUUAAAUAAUUGUUUCCUGUCAAAAUAUGAGUCCAUAGUCCACAAUAGUCCAUAGCAUCUCUUGCAUGAAAUGAGCUGUUUUGAACUGUCUUGGCUUGUAAACGGUGCUUGAUCUGUGCAGAUUUCUCUCCUGGUUCAGACCAGACCACUUUUUAUUAUUAUUAUUAAGCAACAAAUAGUCUUGAUGGAUUUGUUUCUUUUGAACAUGCAGCUUUUGUCUCAAGAUGUUAACUGAUGGACUGGAGUGGUGUGGAUUAUUGUGAUGUUUUUAUCAGCUGUUUGGACUCUCAUUCUGACGGCACCCAUUCACUGCAGAGCAUCCAUUACUGAGACACUGAUGGAAUGCUGCAUUUCUCCAAAUCUGAUGAAGAAACAAACUCCUCUUUAUCUCAGAUGUUUUUAUCAAACUUUCAUUUUUGCCUGAACUGUUUUUUUAGUCUCAUCUACUGAUUUAAAUGUGUUUAGCUUUGUUUUGUGUCCGGCUCAGCACUUGAGAUCACUGCAGCUACAGAGCAAUGCAUGAGUUUCAUGACCUCUCAGACUAUUCUGACUGAUGUACUUUAUAAUAAUAAUAACACUAAUGCGAUUUUAUUUAUUUAUAUGGUACAUCAUUUCUGAAAACCAAGGUUGCUUGAUGUGCGUUGAUGUAAACCAUACUUGAUUUAUUUAUGCCAUAAUGAACUGCACUGCACAAUUUUUUUCAUUAAUUUUAGACCUUUUUUAGCUUUAGAGUUUGGCUUCAUAGCUUACUUCAUCUUUAUUUAUUUUGUUAGUGUCAAAGUGCAGCUAAACGUUAUUUAGAUAUUUUGUUCAGUGCAGUAUUUAAUGUUUUAUGUUACUUCUGAUGUUUUUAUUCUUUUAACUUUAUUGUAAAUCAUUAUGGAUUAUGUAUGUAUAAUGGCCAAAAUGAAUUCAUGAAGAAAUGAACCCAUUUAAAGCCAACAUGGUAAUUUCUUUUCUUCUGAGAGGAAGCUCUUGUUUAUGACGCCCUCUGUUGGUCAUUUCUUGUUUUUCCAGCUCUGUUUUGCUCUUCAUUGUAUUUAAUGGCGACUCUCCAAGCC